AUGUCAUCCAAAGAACAAGGCCAAGAUCACGACGUCGAGGAAGACGAGCUUCAAGACUGGUCCACGGUGCAGAUCCCACGACGCGGCGAGAAAGAGUUCGAGCCCGACGGAACGCGGAUCCAAUCCUCGACCCUCCAAAGCUCGCAACACGCCAUGUUUCAAGCCUUGAUCCAGCCGCGCUCGCACCACAUUCGCAACAAGCUCAUUGGAAUCUGGAUCCCGCUGAUGAACCAAGGUUUAGUCUUGCGCAUGCGUGGCAAAUUCUUCAUUGAUAUCGGGUACGUUCGCCGUGAUAUGGUCUGGUUGAACGGGAUCGAGUGUUUAUAUUUGUGUGAGCGUGGGAGCAUGGCGUUGUAUCUUUCGAAUCCGGAAUUUGAGGCGUGGUUGAGUCACCUGGGCGACGUGGGUGGAGGAUUUGACGUUGAGUCACGGCUUGUCAUGUUGGAUUUGGAGUUUGUUUAUUGUUUGGUGCAGGUGGACUUGGCUCGGUAUCGUGUCUAUUCCCAUCUCAAGAGGUUGGGUUAUAUGAUUCUCGCGCAUAAAACACCAGAUGAUCAAGAACAGGUGGAACGUGAGGAGGAGGAGGAGGAGGAGAAGGAAGAGGCGAGGAUUUGGAGGUGGCCGACGAGACUCGGGAUUUGGACAUACCCCAAUCUCCACACUAGACACUUCUCCACUGCGUCAUACUUCAAAUUCACACCGAUAUACAAAGCAAUCUCGCUCCAUCACGACCGAAUAUCGCAUAACAACCACAAGCAUGACGAUGACAACGACAACGAGAAUGAGCUAGACAUAGUCUACGACGUAUGGAAACCGCAACCCAACUUCUCCAAGCGCAAUCCUCCCCCGCCCGAUUUCCAACUCGUCAUAAUCGACACAUCCAAGAACCAAACAUACUUGACCUUAGCGCAGAUCCAACACUUACAACGCCAAUUGCUUCACUCCAGCAGCUACCGCGCCCUGGAUGGAAAUAGGAGCUAUCACAAGUCAAGCGCAGUAGAAUCAAAACGCGAGAUACGCGCGCGACGCCACGCGGCCAAGCAAGCCACGCUAGAGAAACUGGUGCAGAUCCGCAAUGCUUAUUUCAAGAGACGCGACGAGAUGUGGAAGCGCGGGUACGACAAGAUUGUCCUUGCGAUGGUGGAUCAGGGCGUGAUGAACUUUGUCGAGUUGAGCAGUGGCAAUUUCGCUUUCAGUGGUGCAAGUGAUGCUGCUGAAUUGGAUGCUAUGAUACCAUCACGUGACCAUGCGCUCGUCUACAACGACUAG